AUGUCAACUUCUACUCUGUCUGGUGAUUCCAUUGAUGAAAAUGCUUUUGCUAUAGAAGAUGUAUCUGGUGCUAUUGAAGAUUAUUUUUUUGAAGGCGCUGAAAAAUUACUAGAAAUAUGGUUUGAUAAGAAGCAGGCAGGUGCUACAUCCUUGAGAAACAUACCAUAUUCGGAAUUAGUUGCUAUGUUGGAUAUCGCCCACUGUCAUAUUUUACACUCUAAAAGCAAUGAGUGUAUGGAUAGCUAUGUUUUGAGUGAAAGUAGUAUGUUUGUUUCGGAUUUCCGCAUCGUUUUGAAGACAUGUGGUACGACACGGUUACUUCACACAUUAAGACGGAUUUUACAUCUUGCUAAGAUAUAUUGCAAUAUGGAUAAUGUUAUCAGUGUCUUCUAUUCAAGAAAGAACUUUAUGCAUCCUGAAAGACAGCCUUAUCCACAUUCCUCGUUUGAAACUGAAGUUGAUUAUCUUGAGGAACAUUUCACAGGAGGUUCUGCUUAUUGUAUUGGUCCACAGAGACAGGAUUGUUGGUUUUUAUAUACAAUGGUUACUCCACGCGCUGCUUUUACAUUUCCGGAACAUACACUGGAAAUACUUAUGAAUGGAUUACCAGAUGAUGUUCUUAAUGUAUUCAGUCCUAGUGUGAGUAAGGAUGGGAAUGAUUGUAGAAUGAAAUCUGCCAUCAAUACAGUACUACCACCAGGUAUUAUCGUUCAUGAGGAAUUGUUCAGUCCAUGUGGCUACAGCUUAAAUGGAUUAAUCCCGCAUUCAGAUCAUUACAUAACGAUUCAUGUAACACCAGAACCAAAUUUCUCAUAUGUCAGUUUUGAGACGAAUCAGAAUGCGUUAAAUCUGAAUGAGCAGAUGUUGAAAGUCCUGGAAAUAUUUAGGCCAAACAAAUUUUUAUUGACCAUUUUCACCAAUGAACUAUCAAAUGAAGGCAAAGAAGUGCAGAAGAAUUUAUGGGAUCUGAAAAUUUGUGGUUGUCGUCGUACGAAUUUGCAGUUUCUGGAAUUGCCAACUGAAACACUAGUAUAUGCGCAGUUCGAGCGAAUGGAAAAUAUGAAGUAG